GUAGGAUAUCAGAGACAUGGAUGUUGAAAAUCCUUUUCCUCCUUUUACUCCUGAUGCACCGAUGUUACGGUUUCGGCGGUUGCGGUCUAGAUUUGGGUCAAAAUCACGUUUUGCUGUACAAGAAGAUGAUUUUUUGGAUCCGUCCCAGGAUGAUCCUGAAGUUCUUUCAGAUGCAAUAUUCCACGACCUAUAUAAUGCUGCCAUAAAUGGCGACUGGACAAGUGCGGAAGGUAUUCUACGUGACAACCCGAGUUACGUUCGUGAUAGCAUUACAAGAAGAAAGGAAACGGUUCUUCACAUUGCAGCCUUGGGAGGAAACACAUUAUUUGUAAGGAAUGUAGUGGAGAUGCUAGCAAGUGAUGAUGAUUUGGAAGUGCAAGAUGUGUAUGGAUGUACUGCAUUCUAUAACGCAGUUGCGUCGGGAGUUGUGGAAAACGCCGAGUGUAUGAUAGAACUGAACAAACGGCUGCCAAGUAUCCGGGCUGGGGCGGGCUGUAAAAAUUUUGCUCCUAUCCAUCAGGCGGCUUUGCUACGACAUGAGGAAAUGGUUUCUUACCUCCACACUGUCACGCCUUUGGAGGGUUACUUGGAUCGCAAGGAACGCAUUAAGCUUCUCGAAAUUACUAUUUAUAACGACAUGCAUGAUGUGGCAUUAAAUAUCUUAAAGGAGGACAGAACAUUAGCAUUAGCUAAAUUCAAAGGAAAUCGAUCAUUCUUGCAUAUGUUAGUUCGCAAACAACAACAACAACCACCUGUAGCACCUGCAGGAAUUUGGAGAAGAUUUCUUGCUGCCGCCUCAACUACUGCACACUUCCCUAUGCGUACUUUCCAUAUAGUGCAAAAUGAAAUUGAAGAAGAAGAAGAAUGUUUAGCAAAGACAAAAGCGGGAGUGUUACUUGACAUUAUUUGGAAAGAGUAUUGUAAGCUACCUGUUAAUGAGUUUAGAGAGGAAAUUGGGCGUCAAGAUGAUAUACUUCACUAUGCUGCAAAACAGGGGAAUGUUGAGUUUCUAGACAUGGUUCUUAAGAGUAAGCCUGAUCUGUUUUGUGAGAGCAAUAAAAGAGGGCAGACUAUCCUCCAUGUUGCUGUGUUAUACCGACAACAAAAUGUAGUGAAUUUUAUAUGCAAGAAACAAGGUUAUAAAAAAUAUAUGAGUCGCCGUCUUGACGGAAACAACAACAACAUUUUGCAUUUAGCGGCAAAGGCUGAAAACGCAUUUUGCAAAUCUAAGGAUAAUGCAGCUGAUGACCACCUAUUGAUAUAUGAUGAUGAUGAUGAUGAGGCUGAAAGUAAUCAUAAAUUAAGUUGAAAGCAAAAAGUGGCCGGAAAUAGCAACCAAGGUUUUUUCGGAUACCAAAAGUGGUCGAAACAAGGCUUUUGACUUGAUUUAAGAUCACUUUCAGGUGGUCGGAAAUUUCAUAAUUUUCAGCCGUGAUUGUACUAUACAUACAGGAGGAAAAGCAGGUAGUCGCAGAAAACAAAAAAAAAGGAUGAUCAAGAGGAGGAGGAUAUUAUGUAAGAGCCAUCAGCUCUUCGGUUAUCCACAGCAACCCAAAAGGAGGUUGUCCCAGCAAACAAGAAAAACGAUGAUCAGGUGGAGGAGGAGGAGGACAUUAUGCAAGAAUCAUCAGCUCUUCGGUUAUCCACAGCAGCCCUUCACUAUGAAAGAGAGAUUUCAUGGUUUAUGGGGGUGGAGAAGAUUGUGCCGUCAUCAUUUCACCACAUGAGAAAUAAGGACGGCAAAACCCCAAAGCAAUUGUUUUUGAAAGAGCACAUGAAAUUGAAGAUAAACGCAGAAAAAUCCAUUAGAGGCACAGCAGAUUCAUGCAUGAUUGUGGCAACCUUAAUCGCCACCGUAGCGUUUUCUGCCGCCUUCACUGCACCAGGUGGUAAUGAUGACAAAACAGGUAUUCCCAUAUUUAUAAAACGAGCAAGCUUUACAGUUUUCACAAUAUCGGAUGCUGUGGCAAUGAUCUUCUCAAUGGUUUCAAUUCUCACAUUCUUAUCCAUCCUCAUUUGGCGCAACACGGAUGACGAUUUUCAUUUGGCAUUGAAAAGAUUGUUCGUAGGAUUCGCAGCAUUGGGUGUCUCCAUAUGUGGGAUGCUCUUUGCCUUUACCGCUGCCUUCUUUCUGGCGUAUGGAAGGGCAUGGCAACCAAUUCUUAUUGCCGCAUUUGUGGCUCUGCCAAUUGCUUCCUUUUUGUACCUAAAUGCUAGGUUGUGGAUUGAUGUUGUUGGGUCAAUGUUGCUUAAGUUGCUUCCCUUCACCAAGCAGACAACUUAUGUUGGAGGAUAAUGAAGCAGACCUAACUGAGAAAGGUGGUGAAGAACAAGGCUUGUUAUUGUAGUUUCUUCCUAUUAGUUUGUUGUAAUCGUUUGCUUUGCCUCCUUUAUAUACGUGUUGUAUCUCCUCCCUCUUUUGAUUUAGAACUUAAUGCAUUCAAUAAACUUUCGAG